AUGUCUCAAGCUGUCGAAAAUCCCUUUGAAGAAAAUCUUCAAUUUGAAGAAAGCCCAAAAUUCGGAGAAGCUUCACCGAAAAGGGACAGCGAAGGUAGUCUAUAUGACAAUUAUGGGCUUAGCAAGCCAGAAGAAGUUGUUGAGUAUGAAAAUGCCAUGAAUGAAGUUUCUGAAAAACUUUCCAAGGCCAGCGAGUACGUUGAAUCUCUCAAACAGAAAAAAGUCAAGCACCAAAAGGAGCUAGAAAUGUAAAACUUAUUCAGACUUGAGCAAGAAAGCGAAUCAUUUUUAUAUGAAAAUGAGUCUGUCAAGAAAAAAAUUGAAGCAAUGGAAAAAGAUUUAUGCUAUUUUACUUAAAACAUUAUUAUUAAUAUACAUUAAUAAGCUGCAAGAUCUUACUUAUUGUCCCUAUUCAGCAGUUUUUUAAUUUAGCUGAAAAAAUGUGAGAAGCUUCUGGUUCUGUUAAAAGGUGUAUUUUAUCUAUAAUAAAAAGAAUAUUUAGCCUAACUUGAUAUAAAUCAGCUUCAAAUUUCCCAAAAACGCACAGCAAGCACACAUGCAUCAAUAAGCCCUUCAGAACAGAACUUUUCACUAGUAAGCAACGACAGCUCAAAAAGUGAGUCUAAUACUGUUAACGCACUCAAAGCGCAAAUUGCUGAACUUAAAAAAGUUUUUCAAAAUCAAGAACAAGCUUUACAGAAAUUCCAGCAUAUAGUACAAGAAACUAAUGAAGACAAUGAACAAUUUAAUAACUUUUUAGGAGGAUUUGAAAACGAUAGAAGCAAAGUGUCGUUUCUAAUGAAUUCUUUUGCACUGAGAAAAAGCAUGUUUGUAGAUGGACCUUCUAUUAUUCCAAUGUCUCCUGUUUUGAAGGCUGAUGACGAUUCUUCUUUAUUUGCGAGCAGCUUGUUGGGAUUUGAGUCUGAUUCGGAAUUUGUAGAUGAAGAAGGGAGCAAAAUUUUAAUAAAUCUUAGUGAUGAAGAAGAAACGCCAAAGAAAAAGCCUAACUCCCCUCUUGAGCGAAUAAAACCAUUAGAAAAAUUCCUAUUUUUUGCGCAAAACCCACCUGUGAGCGAACAAAAAUUUUGUAUGAAAAAAAAUUGACAAUUAUUACAACGAAAUAUCAGCUAAUACUGUUAAUUUUAAACAGCUUGCAUUUUAAAACAUAAAUUUCUAAAUUAAAUUAAUUUUUGAUUCAUAAUUUUUGCAAAUUUUUUUAAACUCUGAAAAAAAAAUUUACUAUAUCAAAAUAUAUAUAAAUUUUUAAACCCCCAUCUUGAGCGAACAAAAUUUUUUGUUUGCUCAUGGAGAGGGGAGUAAGAAGCCUGAAACUCCAGUGAAGUUAUACAGAAGAGAUAGACAUAUCAGAAGACCAAGGAGCUUGAUCGAAAAGAUAAUGUUCAGAUCACAUCUCUGCUUAUUCCAUAUAUAG